GGAGUAUAAAAGUAUGAACACUCAACAGGACAGGCUGUAGUGGCGGGCAUUGAAACGAUGGAAGUCUGCAAAGCACUCUGUUUGGUGACUCUACUAGUUACCCUCUUUUCAAAAGUGUCUCACUCUCAGUUGGAUGUGUGUGGAAUCUCUCCUCUCAACACUAGGAUCGUGGGGGGUCAGGAUGCUCCUCCAGGGAGUUGGCCAUGGCAGGCCAGUCUGCAGAGAUCUGGCAGCCAUUUUUGUGGGGGAUCCCUUAUUAACAAAGAGUGGGUGCUGACUGCUGCUCACUGCUUUCCCAGCACCAGUACAUCAAAUUUGGUGGUCUACCUGGGUCGUCAGAACCAGCAGGGCUCCAACCCUAAUGAAGUGAGCUGUACGGUCACUCAGAUCAUCUGCCAGCCCAACUACAUCCGUAGUACCAGUGACAACGACAUGUGUCUGCUGAAGCUCUCCUCCUCUGUGACUUUUACCAACUACAUCCGGCCAGUCUGCCUUGCUGCACAAGGCAGCUCCUUCUAUGCUGGCACUACUAGCUGGGUCACAGGCUGGGGCACCUUCAGCAGUGGAGGAUCUCUAGCACAGGUCCUACAGGAGGUGGAUGUGCCAGUAGUGGGAAACAGGCAGUGUAACUGUAAUUAUGGAGCUGGCUCCAUCACUGACAACAUGAUCUGUGCUGGUCUAUCAGCAGGAGGAAAGGAUUCCUGUCAGGGGGACUCAGGAGGUCCGCUUGUGAGCAAGCAGGGUACUCGCUGGAUCCAGUCUGGCGUUGUGAGUUUUGGCAACGGUUGUGCUAUGGCAAAUUUCCCUGGUGUGUACGCCAGAGUUUCCCAGUACCAGACCUGGAUCAACAGCAAGAUUACCAGUGACCAACCAGGCUUCAUCACCUUCUCAUCCAAUGGGACUGACUCUGACCUCAGUGUCACCUGCACUGCUCUGCCAUCAGUCAGAAUCACCACCACCACCCCCCCUACUACAACACCCGCACCUGUGGUGUGUGGCAGCACUAGCGCCUCUUUGAACUCCCGUAUUGGUGGGGGAAGCUCGUUGGCGACAGCAGGCUUGUGGCCCUGGAUAGCCAGCCUACAGAAGAACGGAGCACACGUGUGCGGGGGCACGUUAGUGGCAGUGGACUCUGUCAUGAGCGACGCUAGCUGCUUCUCCAGCCAGCCCAACGCCUCUCAAUGGACCGUGAUCCUGGGUCGUCUGAAGCAAAACGGCUCCAACCCUAAUGAGGUAACCCUGAAUGUCAUCAACAUCACCAUGAGCAACUUGAUGGGCAACAACGUGGCCAUCCUCCGACUGGCCAGCCAACCCAAGUUAUCUAACUACAUCCAGCCUAUCUGUGUGGACCAGGGAACCAGCACCUUCAGCACAGGGACUAAGUGCUGGGUGGCUGGCUGGGGCACUGGCCAGGGUGGGGCUGAGCAAGUCCUGCAGGAGUUCCAGACCUCUGUGGUGGAAUGCGUGAAUGUUUCAUCUUCGGACAACAUUUGUACCGGACCUGUGACACUACUGCAGGGUGAUGUGGGUGGUCCUCUGAUGUGUAAGCAGGGCAGCUCAUGGUUUCAGACUGCUGUGUUGACUGUUGGCAGCAGCGACAACGCCACUAGCGGCAACGCCACUAGCGGCAACGCCACUAGCGGCAACGCCACUAGCGACAACGCCACUAGCGACAACGCCACUAGCGGCAACGCCACUAGCGGCAACGCCACUAGCGGCAACGCCACCAGCACUAAUGGCACUAGCAAAGCACGAUUGAGCCGGAGUCUUCGCGCCUCCCCCAACCAAGUCUUCACCAAAACCCCCCACUUUAAGGACUUUCUGACUUCCAUAUUGGGAACCUUGCUAUUACCCACCACAACCACUGCUCCCACGACCCCCUCAGCUGGUGGCACUAGUGGAGCUUCCCCGGCCCACUCCUCCUUCUCGCUCUUCCUUGUCCUCUUCUCCCUCUCUUCUGUCCUCCUGUUGGGCUGGGAUUGACGCUAAGCAACUCCAUGGCAACCAUUGACAAGUCCUUUUUGUAACUUCCAACCAAUCAAAAGUCUAUUUUUCUAGCAAUUAAUCAAUUUCUGUCAGUGACUGGCAGUGUGUCAAAGCCAGGAUUGUGACAUUGAAUUCAGGGAGCCUUCAUCUCCAUUCCUUGAAUGAUUAAUGUUUCCCCUUAGUAAAGAAAAACAAUGUCAAAUCCAAUCAGUGAUAUUUUUACUGUCACUUUUUUUUGUAGCAGCAACAUUUUCUGGACAAUAUUUGUUGAUUCAAACAGCACUGUUAUUUGAGUUGCAAUAUGCACGAUUUUCUGUUGAAAGCUGUCUGGGCAUGUGUAACAGUGUUACAUAUUAAUAUCCAGAUGAAUAUGACUGUAGUAGCACACUUGACUUUCUCCAAAGAUUAUAGUCUAUUCUACAGUAUCUGUGAGCCACAAUGGCAAGUAGCCAACAUGCACUGAACUAUUAGAUAGUCAUACUGCACUUUACUGGACAUGUGCCAUGGAUUAUUAUACAAUGUUAUGAUGGUUUUAACAAAACUGUUAACUAAAUAGCUCUAAUACUUAGUUCUAAAUGAAUUGAAGACUUGAAUCCAAAAUGCUGCCUGUCGAAGGUAUAUUUUGUGUUUCAUCAUGUUUCUAACUAAGCUUUGCAUAUAAUUGUGUGUUUUAACAAUUACCUCUACCCUAUGGAAGCAGGGUAAUACUUUAUUUUGUGUACAGAAAUUUAAAUUAUAAGUGACACAUUUUAUGUUCAUGUUCUGAAAGUAUUUAGCUAAGAUUUGUCUUUACUCGAACAUGCUCUAUACAGGAAGUAGUCCUAAAUGUCAGUGAUGAAUUAAUACAAUUCCAUUAAAAAUAAGGUGUCUGUGAAACAGUCAAAUUAGUAAAUAAAUGUAUGGUUGCUUUGUG